UUGCUUGAAAGACAAGGGUGGAGGGAGACUUCUACCUGCUUUCUUACCAAAAGGGAGGAGAGAGAUCCAGCAGCAGCAUCUCCAGGAAUAAAAGGAUUUUAAAAUGUCUUCGUGGGUCAAGGUUAACAGAGGACAAACUCAAAGAUGUGCUGCAGAUAAAAGCAUAAAUCCUUAUAAACCUCAUCUGAUCAUUUCUCCUGGAGAUGGUCACAUAAAGGAAAGUGAAGACACUAAAAGUAACUUUGAAGAAUUACUGGGGAAAGAGUAUGAUUAUUCUAAAGGAAGUGAAGAUAACUAUGAGAGAUACCAAUAUUCUCAUAAAGAUGAUGACCACAGUAAGGACCAUCUAAAAGAAAAGCUCUAUCAGCAGUUUUACCAACAGAUACAAAGUGAAUACGAUAAAGAAAGGCCUUCAGAUUGCACCAUUGUUUCAAUCAACAAAGACCAAAGGGACUAUGCAGUAAGCAUAGGUCACCGUUUGCAAGACCAUGGCCUUGUGGUAGAAAUGAUAUAUCUGACGUCAGAGGCAAGUCUCACCUGUGCACUCCAAGAAGUUAAAAAUGAUGGUUCUCCUUUUUGUAUUCUUGUUGAACAAUCUAAUGUAGCGCUCUCCUCUUGCACCGUAAUUUCACUUCACAAGUCUAUCACAAUACAUCGCCAUAUGCCCCUGGAGGAUGCAUUGGCUCUAGUAGCUAAGGAAUUUGGGACUAUUUUGGCUGAACGGGAACAACAAGAAGGUGCUGGAAUUUCACAAAAAGCAGCUGAUCUGGUAGAUGACUACUUAGAACGGGACCUCUGCGAAAGCUACUCUGUGCCUCUAGGCAUCAAACAUCUCCUUUUCCUACUAAGUGAGGGAAAACAUUUGUAUCAGGAGGAGUUAAACACCAUCUGUGACUACCUAAAGACCAGGAAAGAGGAAUUGGAAGGUUUUGUUGAGACACCAGAUACUUCAACUGCAGUUGUAAAUGCUUUGAUUGAAGCUAAUUUGAUGCCAAGAUCUCAUACUAUGGGCAAACCACCUCCUCUUCUUCCAACCCCUGGUAGGAACUCCUUCCAGGGUCAGCCUCUCCUUCCUCCAGUUAAGCCUCCUUUAUUAGGUGAUAGGCCUGGAGGACUCCUUCCAACACCAGGACAUUCUGGGCCCAAGGGUAAACCUCCUCCCCUUCUAGCAGUACCCUCUAAAAGACCUGGUCUCCUAGGAUAUGCACCACACCAGCCUGCAAAGCGUCCAAUGAUGUGGGAGAAACCAGCCCUUUUGCCUACACCAGUAGUACAAACAGUGCAACCUCAACGGGCAGCUAAACCCAAACCUUUUUGAACUAAGGAAACCUCAGCUGGGCCAGGAAGAAAAUGGCAAGCCAUUCCAAGUAGAUGGUGUCCUCUCUCUUUCAUCAGUUAUGUCUGUGUACCAGGCAAGAAACUUUAUUGUAGCAUACUUUCUGUUAUAAUCUACAUUCCCACGGGAAUUUUUUUAAUUUGCGGAGACUGUCACAAGCUAGAUGUUUGUGAAAAGUCAGUGUUGUAGAUAUGUUGGACCUUUAAGUUGUUCCAUUACAUAUAUAUUACACAAUAAAUUCCUUGUUUUACACAA